UUGGCAAGGGAGGGAGGACCCAGGGCCUCCGUAUAGAGCUGCAAAUGGCGGUGAGUCCCCCAGGGCAGCCCCAGCCCGCAGCUCGCUAAAGAUAGCCUUUCACUUCCUGGGGUAAAACCACCCCCAACCGUCUUCAUGCACCCAGAGUAGCUGAAGUCCCCAGCUCCGCCUCGGGGCCCCCAACCCUGUUAGCAGCUGUCCCCGGGUCGUGCGCGUGACGCAUGGAAAGCGCUUUGGAAUGACACGAUCACUCCCGUUGAGUGGGCACCCAAGAAGCCAUCGGGAAUGUCGUGUCCGCCCAGUGCUCUUUCGGCACCCCAGCAGGGCCUUGCAGCCCUAGCCCAGAAAGGGGCCUUGCGAAGGUUUUCCUGCGCCUAGGCUUUUCUCCUUUCUGAGCUCUGGUUAUUCUCACUGCUCCAGGGCGGAGAUCAGGGGUUUGCCAGUGAUCUGCUGCACAGCGCUCUACGGCGUUAGGUUCAAUCCCCAUUAAAGAAAAGAGAAAAGGGUUAUCUAAGUUACAGUGAAGUGAAGACAUUCAGGAGCCCUGGUGGGACAGAGGAAAGAGCAUUCUCACUGGUAGAGGAGUGGGGUGCUCGGAGAACUGUUCUUAAGCUGGGUCUUCUCAUGGUCACGUUGUUUAUUUGAUCCACAAUGGCUGGUUGCCUAAACCAGGAAGUGGGAGGAUCCAUCAGUGGGCAUUUUUUAGGAAUAAAGACAACCCAUAUGUCAAAGGAGGGAAUGCUUGCAAAUAACCCGAAACUGGAGAACACAAAUUCUCUUAAAAAUGUGAGUUUUUCAGUAGGUCAUGAAAGUGGCUUUAAUGUUAGCCGCCCUAUUUCAGUGAGAAUCCAUUUGGGACUUUUGCCGUUUUGAUCAUGUGUAAAUGGAGGAAAUGAAACGUUAUCACAAAUACAUAAAUGUAAGACUUAGGUUCUUUCCCUGGUUGCUACUGCGGGCGACGGCGAGAGAAUCCUAGGCCCGUAGCGUACCCAGAGAUUUCAGACCCGGAGCCGAGCCAGGCUGGUGGGCCACGCGGAGGCAGCACUGGAGUCGUAGGUCGAGCGCACCUGUGCACUCACGGGCCGCAGCCAGAUCCCCGCCCCAACCAAUUGGCCCUCCUUGAAGUUCGACCUCGAAAAUUUGCUUCCGGUUCCUUGCUUCCGGUUCUGCCUACUCCUUCCGGUCGCCAUGCGCCUUGGGGUAGAGGAGACGCUGGGAGCCCUCAACGCGGCCUUGGGGCCGGGCGGCCCAGUAUGGUUCAAGGAGACACGCGCCCGCCACCUGCGUGUCCGAGACUUCUUGGCACCGCGGCGCGCGCUGGAAGCGCGCUUCGGGGACGACCAGGUGGGCGCGAGCAGGGCGGGGACGUGCGGCCCGAGGUAGCUGGGAGCGCUGCGACCCGCUCACUAGCUUGUCUUCCUGCAGGUGCCCGAGCGCGUGGUUCACGCCAUCGUCGGCCUGCAGGGUCCUGGCGUGGCCCCGGUACUGAGCUGCGCGCCAACCCCCGCCGGGCUGACGCUCCAGCUGCGGCGGUCCGCCGUCUUCGAGCGCGUCCUCGGCGCCGUGGCCGCCUAUGCCGCGCCCACCGUCCCCGCCGCCCCGGGCCCGCGCGUCGUCCUGCACUGCCCGGCGCUGCGCGGCAGCCCCUGCGCCCUCCGCCUGAGCCAGCUGCGUGCCGUGCUCGUGGCCGACCACCUGGCGCGAGCUUUGCACGCUCACAGCAGCUGCGGGUGGACUGGCCCGCCGCCUCAGAGAGAGCCGCGACCGAAGCCCUAAGGAGCCGCGCGCUUGCAGAGCUCACCCCUGCCCGUAACGCGGAAGCCCUGCCCCCUGGCGCCCUGGGCCGAGUGUACUUGAAGGAGCUGGUGGACGAACGGGGACGCACAACUGGCUAUGACCCCAAGCUGGACAGCUGUCUGGGUAGGACCCGGAGCCUCGCAGGGCCAGAAAGUAGUUGGGCCCCGCACUCCCCGCCGGCCUCAGCCCUGUGUGUUCUCUUCGCAGUGACAGAGGAUCUGCUCGCUGUGCUGGCGGAGCUGCAGCAGGCUGUGCAGGAUUGGGCUGAGGACAGCUCCCUAGGCCUGGCUGCGGCCCCAGAUGCUGGUGCAGAUAGCUGCAUGGUUGUACACGUGGUGAGCUGUGAGGAGGAGUUCCAGCAACAGAAGUUGGACCUGCUUUGGUGGAAGUUGGAUGACCAGGCUCCUCUCAGACAGAAGCACCUGGUCUGUGGCCCAGUGAAAGUAGCUGGUGCACCUGGCACCCUGACUGCCCCCGAGUACUACGAGCUCCGGCAUGCCCAGGUGUGCAAGGCCUCAGCACUGAAGCGCGGCAGGGACCUGGCACAAGACUCAGCCUGGAUGGAAAUCUUCAGGGUUCUCUCUGUGGCAACCAUUAAGUUUGAGAUGCUCAGCACAGCCCCACAAAGUCAGCUUCUCUUGGCCCUGGCCGACAGCAGCAUUUCCACAAAGGGCACCAAAAGUGGCACCUUUGUCAUGUAUAAUUGUGCACGUCUUGCCACACUCUUUGAGAGUUACAAGUGCAGCAUGGAACAAGGUCUGUACCCCACUUUCCCACCUGUGAGCAGUCUGGAUUUCUCUCUGCUACAUGAUGAGCACCCUUCUCCCCCACAGGGUGAGUGGUUGCUGCUCUUCAACAGCAUCCUCCCUUUCCCAGACCUGCUGAGCCAGACAGCAGCCCUACCCUGCACAGCCCCAGGGCUCCACAUCACUGCACGCACAGAGAUGGUGUGCAAGUUCCUGGUACAGCUCAGCAUGGAUUUCAGCUCAUACUAUAACCGGGUACACAUCCUAGGGGAGCCUCGACCACACUUGUUUGGUCAAAUGUUUGCCCGUCUGCAGCUUCUGCGGGCUGUGCGUGAAGUGCUCCACACCGGGCUGGCCAUGCUGGGUCUCCCUCCAUUGAGUCACAUCUAAGGCCACAGAGGCCCCAAUAUCUGGGAAUGUCCACAAAGUCAUCAACUGAAAGGGAAAAAACCCACAGAUUUUGUUAGAGACUCGGAGCCAAAAUAAAUUGCUUCUGUGACAAA